UUGCUUUAUUUCAGAACAGCACCCAUACGUGGUUCCACGGACCACGUGCCUUUUCAGUACAAACUCGGAAUCCCUUCUACUUAUCCCGAAUUCAGACCGGCACCACCGCUGUUCGAAGCGCCCUCCUACCACACGGCGUACGAUUCUGUAACCAUGGCAACGAAUUUCACUGAUCCGCCUUGCAGUUCCGACGGCAGUGUGCUGCCGCUGCACCGUCUCCUCGUCCGCCUGCACUUCCACCUCGCGCUCAGCUUCUCAAGUGCGCGGCGCCUGCCAAUUCAUCCGGUCCGCAAGGCGACGACCUUGAAGGAGGCGUGGGAUGUCCUCGUUAGUGAGGCUCAGCAGCGCUAUCCUGAUCUUGAGGAGCACUAUGGUAUCAAACUGGAGUACGUUACAAAAAGAAUCGACGAUUUCCUGAAUGCGUCAAGAAACUUUGAAAACUUUGUUGGAAACCUUCAUGGCUCAGACAUGAGGUGUUUCCACAUAUACAACGAUAUACUGGGGCGUCUCUCGAAGCAGUUCAUCUCCAACGUAGACGCCAAAUCACCGAGACACGUUCUUGUGGACACCGCCUACACGCAGUCUCAUGCCGCGAGCUACUUCCCCAGGAUACGCACACUGCUGCAUCAACUGGAACUAGGUGAAGACAGGGACGUGCGGACAAUGUUGAAGUCUCUCAAGGUGGAACUCUCUGCCCUUGUGACCGCCUUCAACGCAGCUUCGACACUGCUGCGCGGUGGACUGUUUGGAUCUCUUGACGCCUACCACGCCCACUUGUGCUACUAG